AUGACGCUACACUGGAGUUUCUUGCUGCUGACCAGCAUCGGCCUGAUUAGGGCUGCCCCUUCCCCCGUGCAACACAGUCCGGAUCUUGCUCUACGCCCUCGCGCGGUCUGCACGCCAACUGCAGGCGGUAGCUCGUCUACUGACGAUGUCCCUGCCAUUACCAAAGCGAUUGCCAGCUGUGGCAAUGGCGGCACUAUCGUCAUUCCUGCAGGCACCACCUACUACUUGAACAGUGUGCUGGACUUCACCGGCUGCACGGGAUGUGACUUCCAGGUCGAGGGAUUGCUGAAGUUUUCGAGCGACACCGAUUACUGGGAAGGCCGCACUGCCAUGAUCAGUAUCUCUAAGAUCAACGGACUGAAGCUACGAUCGCUGACCGGCUCGGGGGUGAUAGACGGCAAUGGCCAGAAUGCAUGGGACCUCUUCGCCUCAGACACGAGCUAUGCUCGACCUACUCUUCUCUAUAUCACAGGCGGCAGCAACCUCGAAUUCUCCAACUUCCGCCAGAAAAACCCUCCCAACGUCUUCAAUUCAGUCAAGGGCGGUGCCACCAACGUCGUCUUCUCCAAGCUUCGCAUGGAUGCAAACUCCAAGUCCGACAACCCACCCAAGAACACCGACGGGUUUGACAUCGGCGAGAGUACUUAUGUCACCAUCUCCGACACGACCGUCAAGAACGACGACGACUGCGUGGCUUUCAAGCCCAGCUCAAACUAUGUCACCGUCGACACGAUCACCUGCACGGGCUCCCACGGUAUUUCCGUUGGCUCUUUGGGCAAGUCCAGCAGCGAUACAGUGAAGAAUAUUUAUGUCACCGGUGCGACCAUGAUCGAUUCCACCAAGGCCGCUGGGAUCAAGACCUACCCCAGCGGUGGCAGCCAUGGAGUUUCCACGGUUUCGAAUGUGACCUUCAAUGACUUCAUCGUCGAGAACUGCGACUACGCCUUCCAGAUCCAAAGUUGUUACGGCGAGGAUUCUUCAUACUGCAAGACCUAUCCCGGCAACGCCAAACUGACCGGUAUCAAGGUCCAGGGUUUCAGUGGCACCACUAGCUCCAAGUAUGACCCAACCGUGGCCAACUUGAAUUGCGGACCAGGUGGAACUUGCGAUGUGGCCAUCAGUGACUGGAGUGUCAAGGCUGCCUCUGGCAAGUCGCAGGUGCUGUGUGCCAAUACUCCUUCGAAGUUGGGUGUGACUUGUACUUCUGGUGCUUCUGGCUAA